CGCUUGGUGACAUCAACAACCUCGACAACCCAAAAAUAUGCCCGAACUGCUCGACUACAUCCUCGAGCACGAGGAAGCCUUCAAGAGCAAAGGCCGCCUGGCCUCCCUCUACUCGGACUUUGGCACCCAGCAGGCCACGAACCCGGACGGCUACACCGCAAACGUGGCCGCAUGGCGCAAGGCGCUGCUGGACGCGGCGCGCGUGGGCCUGGUGCCCUCGUCGACGGGCGCGCACGAUAACGCCCUCACGCUGGGCGCGGGCGAGCCGCUGCUGCGCGAGCUGACGAGCAAGGACUUUGGCCGGCCGUUGGCCCUGGGCGCGGUGCUGCAAGACGCGGUGGCGCGCCGUGAAAUGGUGCCUUUGAAGGAGUUCCUGGCCGGGACGACGAGCAUCUACGCGCGCGGCGGGUGGAGCAUCAGCCCCUGGGGCGUAGUGACAUGGGGGCUGCGGCAGCUGGGCGGCGUGCUAGGCGCGGGCGGCGCAACCAACAAGCUGGUCGCGGGCGAGUACGUCGUGGUGCCGAAUGUCGAGGCCGUCGCGACCACGGUGCUCGCCCACUUCGCCCACACCACCACCCCGCUCGACCUCAUCACCACGCGCGCCGCCUUCUCGCGCUCCUUCGCCCACGCCCUCUCCGCCGACCGCGCCCUCUCCCAAACAGACAUCUCCCUGCUCCUCAUCCACCUCGCCCGCGACCGCGCCGCCCUGGCCUACGACCCCGCCUCGGGCACCAUAAAGCUGUCCCCGCACCCGGGCGCCGAGCCCCCCGCGCCCAUCUCCGCCGCCGAGACCACCGUCGCGCAACUGCGCGACCUCCUCGCCUCCCUCGCCACCCAGGUCAGCACGCUCGACGCCGAAACGGCCACGCACGACGCGGCAGCGCGGGCGGCCGUCGCCCGCGGCGCCACCGCCCAGGCCCGCGCCGCGCUGCGCAAGAAGAAGGCCGCCGAGGCCACGGCCGCCAAGCGAGGCGCCUCGCUCGCGCAGCUCGAGAGCGUCUACGCGGCCAUCGAGGACGCGGCGGGCCAGGUGGCGGUAGUGCGCGCGCUGGAGGCGGGGGCGGGCGUGCUGCGCGGGCUGCAUGCCGAGGUUGGGGGCGCGGAGGGCGUCGACGCGGUCAUGGAGCGCGUGAGGGAGGAGGUGGCGCUGGCGGAGGAGGUGACGGGCGCGAUGACUGAAGGGGCGGGGACGGGCGUUGUCGACGAGGAGGAGGUCGAGGAUGAGUUUGCGGCGUUGGAGCGGGAGGAGCGGGAGAGGGUGGAGGCGGCCGAGGCGAGGAAGACGGCCGAGAGGUUGGCUGUGCUGGAGGAGAUGGAGAAGAAGAGGGAGGUCGAAGCCGAGAGGGACAUGGGCCGCUUGUCGCUGGAUGAGACGAGACCUGCGCUGCAUGGGGAUGAUGAACAGCAGCAGCGGAAGGAGCAGCCUUUGCCGGAGGCGUGAGGGAGGUGGUGAUAGACAGACAAACAAACAAACAGGGAAUACAUACACAAGGACAGGUGGGCAGGUAGAUGGGCACGACACGGCACAUCCGGAGGUAUUUUCUGCAUACGCGCGCUUGGGAUAGAUUAGGGCACAGGACAGGACAGGACAGGACGGCGUACAUGGGUAUAUAGGCAUGAGUCUGGAUACAGUAAUAAGUUAUAUGUCCCUAAA